AUGAUUGUGGGAGCGAAUAUGCGAAGUGUGAACCCAAUGUUGUUGGGUUACAACAUGCAAAACGUGAACAUGGUCAGUGUUCCUCAAAGUAGGGAGUCGAGCAUCGGCACGGCGCCGUCGACGCCGGUGCACAGCCACAGCUCCGAUCCCAAGCGCUCGUCCCCGCUGACGCCAGCGGAGCGGACGGGCGCGCCGCCGGGCGCGGGAAAGGACGCCGUCAAACUGUUCAUAGGCCAGAUACCGCGACACCUCGAGGAGGACGAUCUGAGACCCAUGUUCGAGGAGUUCGGCAAGAUUUACGAGCUCACGGUGCUUAAGGAUAAGCACACGGGCAUGCACAAAGGUCGGUAA